AUGAAGCGACUCGAAGGUCAAGCAGAACUUAAGCAGAUUGCGGCUCGAGGGAAGUUCGAAGGUGCCCUACAAACGUUGGGGUCGUUGGAGGCCGUGGAGCAAUUGCUGAGUGAACGCCGCGAUGAAGAAGCGGCGCAGAAGGCCGAAGAGUUGGAAGAGCCCGCGACGGUGGUGCCGCGGGAACACUUUUGGACGUCGGAGGAUCUUGACUUCGCGCGAGUUCGGACGGACGAAGUUCCAUUCGUGGACGGCGAAGCAUUCGGGAUAGUCGGCGUUGGUGAGGCAACGUUCGAAUACGUUUGCAAUGCCGCGAGCGACGUCAAUGUCGACGACGAAGCCGACGAUGCAGGCAUACCAUUGCGGGUGUUCGAAGCCAACGCGUAUUUGGCAGAGUUCGGGCGAACUCAUUAUGACUUCGAGCGCCACAUCUUGUGGAUGCUGAGCGCCGUGGUCACGAUGACGAUGGUAGCCGCUGAUGGACGAGGGUUCGCACGCUUCAAGGACCGGAUGCGGGAAGGCGAUCCAAGUGGAGUGCUCGACGUGGGGCACGUCGACCUGUGCGAAAGCGAGACGCUGCAGGAGUACAUUACCGUGUUCGUGUACUCAUUGCUGCGUCAAAAUGUGCGACGGUAA